UGUCUUGUGUUAAUGGUGCCAAAUAUUGUUCUGUUUUCCCUCGACUUUUGGCAUUGCACAGUGAAGUAGUGAUGGACACCCAGUUAGAUUUGCAGAGGAAGGAAGAGGAACUGAAGUUAAAAGUUCACCAUGUGUGCAGAAAUCUCUUUGGGCCGGUGGACCACCAGAGGCUGCAGCAGGACUUCCAGCAGUUGCUGUGGAGGAACUUAGAAGUAGCCAAGCAGAAGUGGAGCUUUGACUUCCUGAGUGACAGCCCUGUGGAUGGCAGUCUGGAGUGGGAGCAGCUGAAAUGUCAGGAGGUGCCCAUCUUCUACAGGAGCUGCGUGGUAAGGAAUGGACAGAGGCUCCUGCGGGAGGCUCAGGGAACUGCCACCAAACCUGCCAACGCUCACCUGGAGGUCCUGACCAGGGAGGACUGCAGAACCUGCAAAUAUGAAAAUUGCAGCACAGCCACGCUUGGGAAUCGGAGGCAGACUUCCAUUACAGGUGUGUAA